AAGCACAGCCGAGGGUGCCUCCAACCAUGAGCGGCUCGCACUAUUCGCCGGAGCUGCGGCUGCCGCUACCGCGUUCACUACGCCCGCCGACCAUGUCGUGAGGUGUGGCUCGGGAACACUCCGGGGAACCUGUCAGCCGAAACGACACGCCGAGGAGAAGGAGGAGGAGGAGGUGGUGGGGUGGUGCUGGUCGAAAAGAUGUCCGCCUCGGUGGGGCCCCAGGGCGGCCCUCGCCCACCCACCGUGCCGCCGUCCAUGCCGGAUCUGCCGGACCUUAGCCACCUCACCGAGGAGGAGAGGAAGAUAAUCAUGGCAGUGAUGGCUCGGCAAAAGGAGGAAGAGGAGAAAGAACAAGCCAUGCUAAAAACACUGCACAAGCAGUUUGAGAGCUACAAACAGGAAGUGCGUCGCAUCGGGGCCGAGACACGGCGCCAGCAGACCCAGCAGAAGGACGACGCGCCCACCUGCGGCAUCUGCCGCAAGACUAAGUUUGCAGAUGGCUGCGGCCACCUCUGCUCCUACUGCCAGAUCAAAUUCUGCGCUCGCUGUGGAGGGCGGGUCUCUCUGCGCUCCAACAAUUGUCUCAUAGUGAAGGACAGGGUAAUGUGGGUAUGCAACCAGUGCCGUAAGCAACAGGAGAUUCUCACCAAAUCAGGAGAAUGGUUUUCGGGGUCAGGGGUGCGGCCCGGGAGCCUGGGCACCUCUUUAAACAAUCCAGCCACGGGAGGUGAGGCCCAACGGGACAGGAAGCUACUCCGCUCCAGGUCCCAAGCCCCACCGUCCAGCACCAACGCCAACACAGGGCCACCAGACGGGACACAUCCGCCCAGCGGUGUCACUGCUCCCAAGGGUGCUGACACCAUGCCUGGCUCUCGCUCUCAAAGUGAACCCCCAAGAGAAAAGAAAAGGCCAGUUUCUUUCCAUGAGCAAAACGGUAAGGGAGGCAUGGGACGUGGUUCUGCCCGGAGACCAGCAGACAAGUUGCAUUCACAGUCAUCUCUGGACGAGCGGGUGGGUCCCGGAGACAGAGGAGAGAGAAGGUUAGGAGAUGGAAGGCGGCUGGAAAAGAUCCACUCUCAGGACUACGAGGACGGGGAUGAAAACCUGGGUCGUUCAGAAACACACCGCAGGCGUCCAGAGGAUGAGGAGAAGAGGGAACGGCAGCGGCGUGAGGAGGAGUUCCAGAACCGCUAUCGCAGUGACCCCAACUUGGCAAGAUACCCAGUCAAACCACAGAAGGAGGAGCAGGAGAUGCGCAUGCACGCCAAGGUGUCGAAGGUGCGGCAUGAGCGACGACACAGUGAUCUUGCAAUAAAUGAGGUCGGACUGGGGCCUGGUGAAGGGGGUGGGGGAGGUGGGGGUGGAGGCAGCACAGCAGAGGUGCCGGAAAACCGUCUUGCCAGGAGGGGUGGAGGUGGGGAAGGAGACCGCAAGGCCCUCAUGGAGAAUCAUAGGGCCUACUCUGCAGAUAGGACCGUGGGGGUUGUAGGUGGGGCUCCCCCUGCCAGUGGAGGGGGAAGAUCAGGGUCCCAACUCGGGGGACCUGUGCCUUCAGACUGGGGUCCAAACAACAGUCGCCUGGAGCAUGGACCCCAAGACGGAACGCGGACAUCAAGGGAGAAGGGUGGGGUGGAUAACCUGCUGAGGAAGGACUCUCAGGGCUCGGACCAGUCGGAGUCUUUGCGGCCACCCCCUCCACAGUCAUACAAGGGCAAGCGCGGAGUCAACAAGAGGCAGAUGUCCAUCAGCAGCUCAGAGGAGGAGGGCGGCUCCACGCCCGAGUACACCAGCUGUGAGGACGUGGACAUGGAAAGUGUCAGCGAGAAAGGUGACUGGGACUGUCAUCCUCUAGAUCCUGCAGUUUGGCACCAUCCAGUUUCGUGGCAGCCAUCCAAAGAGGGUGACCACCUGAUUGGGCGGAUCACUCUGAGCAAGAGGUCAGCCAUGCCCCGUGAGGCAGGCUCUCUCCUGGGACUAAAAGUGGUAGGAGGGAAGAUGACGGAGACAGGGAGACUUGGGGCCUUCAUCACCAAAGUUAAAAAAGGGAGUCUGGCAGAUGUCGUGGGACACCUACGUGCAGGUGAUGAGGUGUUGCAGUGGAACGGGAAGUCGUUGCCAGGAGCAACCAAGAAAGAAGUGUACAACAUCAUUCUCGAAUCCAAGGCUGAGCCUCAAGUGGAGAUUGUUGUUUCGAGACCUAUAGGCUCUGUGAACCGAAUUAUGUCCAAACACUUCUUGAGAAAAGUGUAUAGAGCACAUCAAGACAUCCCAAGAAUCCCAGAGUCCUCCCACCCUCCUCUAGAAUCUAAUCCCUCAGCAGGCUCCAGCUCCUUUGAGUCCCAGAAGAUGGACCGUCCAUCUAUAUCCGUGAUGUCCCCUACUAGUCCCAGCACUCUCAGAGACCUUCCUCUGGUUCUGCCUGGACAGCUCUCUGUGAAGCUGUGGUACGACAAAGUGGGCCAUCAGCUGAUUGUCAACGUCCUUCAAGCCAUAGACCUGCCACCCCGACCAGACGGACGACCUCGAAACCCCUACGUCAAGAUGUACUUCCUGCCUGAUAGGAGUGAUAAGAGUAAACGACGGACUAAAACCGUGAAAAAGAGCGCCGAGCCCAAGUGGAACCAGACCUUUAUUUAUUCCCACGUUCAUCGGCGAGACUUCAGAGAGCGCAUGCUGGAGAUCACAGUGUGGGACCAGCCUCGAGUCCAGGAGGAGGAGAGUGAAUUCCUGGGCGAGAUCCUCAUAGAGUUGGAGACGGCCUUGCUAGACGACAUUCCUCACUGGUAUAAGCUCCAGACACAUGACGUGUCCUCUAUACCUCUGCCACAGCCCUCUCCAUACCUCCCACGGAGACACGUCCAUGGAGACAGCCCCAGCAAGAAACUACAGAGGUCUCAUCGCAUCAUUGAUACAGAGUUUGAUGAUGGUUUGAUAGUAGUGACUAAAGGCGCAGAGCGUAACUCCAGGGAGAGAGAGCGGGGCAGCACGUUGGCUGUGCCCGAGCAGCAGCGGCCCGUCCAGCACCGCUCGCGCUCUGUGUCGCCUCACAGAGAGGACACGUGCAGAGCUCGGUCUCGGCCUGCACACGUGCCCAUGCAAAGGAGUUUGGAUGAGAUCCACCAGAACCGCCACCACUCCCACUCCCCCUCCCAUUACCACGAGCCCCACUUGGAGCACCAACGCUCAGGUGACUCGGACUACGAGUACUCUGAGGACAGUGAGGUCCUGGAGAUGCACAGGUCUAUCCGGGGCGGGAGUGCCGAGUGCCUGCACACAAACAGGAGCAUAGGUAGAUACAGCAACACCCUCCCCCCCAAAAUGCCCCUGUUAGUAAACGGUAUCCAUAAAGACAUUUACAGCUCCACCCUCCCCGCAUGCCUAAAGAGCAAGCCGCCACACAGGCAGGAGGGGGGCAGCGCCUUGCCUCGUAGCAUCCUCACACACCGUGUGCUCAGGUUCACUGAUGAGGUCACGGUUAGUGACCUGCAGCCGUCGUUGGACAGAGUGAGGAGCGCCAGCACCACGUGUCUGAGACCAGACUUUCACUCUACUGACAGAGACAGGUGUUCCAACUCUUUGCCCCGAACGACUCCCCCAAGCCCCAGGAUCUUAGUAGAACAUGUGGCCCCUGAGGAAGACAGGCAGUCUAACAGUUCUCCAGGUCCAAACUGUCCAAAGGGCAGCAGAAAAAGCCUGGAGGGGGACAGUCGCAUCCAGCCCACCUCUAUCCUGAGGGGCAGCAGAGGGAGAGGAGGCCCUCUGAGGCCCUUUGGCCAGACAGUCCUGUCAGGGUCUUGUCCUAACUCACCACGGCUGGACAGAGCACACCCUUAUGGCAGCCCGACUUCCCCAGCAGGGACUCCCUCAUCAGGUCGCAGGGGCAGGCAGCUCCCUCAGCUCCCCGCUAAAAGCAGCAGUAUAGAGCAAGCCCUCGCAGUGGAGGAGCGAGCCCGACAGCUGCAGAUGAAAGUACAUUCCUACCGGCCUUCAGCCUCCCAUGACCCUGAGACAAACCUCAAGACCAAACGGGAGAUGUAUGCAGAACAGAGGCGUAGCAGCGACAACAUGUCGGCCAGAUCUUCAGACAGCGAUAUGAGCGACGUGUCGGCGAUCUCCCGUGCCAGCAGUGCCUCCCGCCUCAGUAGCACCAGCUACAUGUCUAUCCAAUCAGAACGGCCCGGGGGACGACUCAGAUCCAAGUCAUUAGAGGAGGACAAGAAGGACAGGAGGAUCUCGUGGGGGGUGGAUGGAGAGGAGGAGGAGAAUGAAGGUGGAAAGAGGCAGUUCUCCGAGGAGCUGAAGCACAGGAGACACACUGUGGCAGGAGACACGAGAGAGUCCAGUCGGCAGAUGCGAGCGUCCAUGGGCCGCAGCAUGCUGAAGAGUUCCAGCGUGAGCGGAGAGAUCUACACCCAGGAGCGCACAGACGGCAGCCAAUCAGACACGGCGCUGGGCACGGUGGGCAGCGGCAGCAAGAAGAGACGCUCCAGCCUCAGCGCGCGGGUGGUGGCCAUCGUUGGCAACCGUCGCAGCCGCAGCACGUCGCAGAUCAGCGGCCCCGAGGGGAAGAGUAAGAAGGAGAAAGGAGCGUCCAUCCAGAGGAGCACGGAGACCGGCAUGGCCGUGGAGUUGACGAGGAACAUGAGCCGGCAGCCCAGCAGAGAGUCCAACAACGGCAGCAUGAACAGCUGCAACUCUGAGGGGAACUUGAUCUUUUCUGGAGUGAAUCUAGGUGCCAGCAGUCAAUUCAGCGACUUCCUGGAUGGACUCGGACCAGCUCAGUUAGUGGGAAGACAAACACUGGCUACUCCUGCCAUCGGUGAUAUCCAGAUCGGUAUGAUGGAGAAAAAGGGUCAGCUGGAGGUGGAGGUGAUCAGAGCACGAGGACUUGUACAGAAGCCAGGAUCCAAAUCUCUCCCUGCUCCAUAUGUCAAAGUCUAUCUGCUGAAUAAUGGAGCGUACGUAGCCAAAAAGAAAACCAAGAUUGCACGGAAAACACUUGACCCACUGUACCAGCAAGCACUGCUAUUUGAGGAGAGCCCGCAGGGGAAAGUGUUACAGGUGAUUGUAUGGGGAGACUAUGGCCGCAUGGACCAUAAAAGCUUCAUGGGAGUUGCACAAAUCUUAUUAGAGGAACUGGACUUAUCAAGCACAGUCAUCGGUUGGUACAAGCUGUUCCCACCAUCCUCUCUGGUGGAUCCGACACUUGCCUCCCUGACGCGACGAGCUUCUCAGUCGUCUCUCGACAGCUCGUCCGGACCGCCCGGGGUCCGAUCUUAGUGGACCAACAGCUCUACACCACUCGCCGAGAAAAAACUAAAACUAAAACUCGGAGAGAAAUGAAAUACUAACGGCAGAAAUGUAGAACAACAACAAUCAGAAACACGAGAAAGCUUUGUUGAAAUCUGACAAUCACUCCUGCCGCGGUUAAUUUUGUCUGUUGUAGGGAGCGUCGCAUUUCAGUGUUUCAUGUCCAUUCGAGGAAAAGUCUCUGUGUUUUCUCUGUGUGUGCUGAAGAAGCCGUGCAGCAGCUGUCCAGACAGUACCAGAGAAUCCAAACGAAGCAGGGUGGCUUUUAACCGAAUCAACAAUAGCAAAGAAAUGUAUGUAAAGCAUCGGAAUGUAUGGACUCGAGACAAGAGGUAAUCACCCUCCGCUCCUGCAGGGGGCGCUGCGCUCCCUGCAGUGGCCUCCUCCAGAACCCCAACAGACUGCUGGCAUUCCCGUCCCCGCCGUGCGUGGGGGACGGGGUGCUCAGUCUGGAAGCACAGGGCCUUCUUCUGGUGCCUAGACCUCGGAGCCGCAUUACUGGUCCCCCCCUCUCUGUGGAAAGAUCCUCUUUUCAAUAUGUUUACCAUGGCUGCUCUGAAGCCGCACCGUUUCAGUGUGUUUGCUUUGCUGUUCAUUUCUUUCCCUUCGUUACUACUGGCACAAGAUGUUUUUAAAAAUGCUCAUGAUAAUGUUGUCAGUCUGGUGUGUGCAUGGAGAGUAAAAAUAAAAUACAAGAGAUUUUAAAAAAGCUGUUAAAUGUCUGCAAGUGUUAUGCAGGAAGAGGGCGGGGAACAGGUUAGAUUUUUACAUGUGAGAUUAGCGUUGUUUUUGCUGGCAAGCGUGCGGGCCAGUCGUCUUUGUAUAGUUGUAUAUUAGGCCUCCCAGGAGGUUGACCAAUAAGUAAAAUUUAUGUCACUUUGAAAUAUCACAAGGGUACAAUGUCAAUGUAAAAAAAGAAAACGUAAAUCUUUGUUCACCUAUGUGAGAGCGAGACAGGAGCGUCUAAUUUUUCACAUUGUUUGGGAGGCACAUUCCCUCCCUCCCGGCAUGUUAAAGGUUUUUAUCCAAUCUUUAGUUCAACAUUUUUUUCUUUUUAAAUUUAAACACAAGCACAAGAGCUUGAUUUUUUUACAACAAAAAGUUUAACGUUUUGAAGAAAAAAAAAUAAUACAUAGCUAAAAAAAUCAAAAACAAAAAAAGGACAAAAAGCAGCAAUCCUCCCGUCACCGGUUCUCUUCAUCGUUUCGUCUCGACGUUCGGAGGCAAACAGAACAACAAAUAUUGUCACAGUUUUUUCCUCGUGCAUCUCGGUGAAUGUGGGCCAAUCAGACCGAUCCGUUGGGACGCCAACGCUCAUCCUCCGUCCGGCCUGCAGGCUCCUCCCACCCGGAGGGGGGAGGGGCAGCAUGACUUUGGAACCCGUUCCAAGCUGCAUGCACAUUUUUGUAAACAAACAAACAAAAAAAACCUAGAUACGCGUGUUAGCUCCACAUACUGUAGGGCCGCUUGUAUGUUGCAUGCAGUUGUACAGUUUGCUCGUACUUGAAUAUUAAAGAGAUAAAACCAAGAAACUGAAGCCAUUCCCAUUACGCAAAGACAUCUAAAUCAACUGCAGUCCAGUCCACGUCCUUCAGUCCGGUGCUGAAUGUCUCUCAAACCGAAUCCCAAGAUUACAUUGAUGUCUCUGGAAGAUGUACUGUACUGUACUGUGCAGACCUCGCAGCCCCUCUUACUGUUGUUCCACAUCAUAGUAUACCUCCGAGGGGCUGGGACGAUGUAUGAAUAAAUAUGUACAAAUCAGAUCUAUGAAAAUAUGAAUUAUGUUUCAACAUAAUGAUUUCAGACGACACGGAGAAUAAUCUCAGACGCACAGAAAGUCGCACCCUGUAAAUACUCAGCAGCUAUUCCCGGGGUUUUCAUUUGGUUCACUGAGAAAAGGGGCCAAGUAUAAUAAGGAGCGAUUAGUACUUUAGGUGACGAGGGGACCGUGCUGUGGGACGGCGAUGGGUCUGAAAGUCCUCGUCUGAACACUUCUCUGUGCUUCAAACUCGGCGUCUGUGCCCGGCCCGCCAUGCUCAGUCCCGCCUCACUCCAGAUUUUUUUUCAUUGUCCAGUGAAGCUGUUUUUUCCUUAUUUAUUUAGGUUUUUUUUCCUUGUCAGUAUUAACAGGAGAAAAAAUUGCUGAUUGUUUACAACUUCUGUGUUCCACUGAAACAAGAAAAUCAGAAAAAAGUAAAGCAUUCACUGCAACAUUUCUUGUUUGUAUAACAGAUGUGGCUCAAAUGAUGUGUAUGUUUUAUAUAUAAAAAAAUUUCAUUUUUAUGAUUUACAAAUAAAAAAGAAU